AUGAAUACCCAUCUGCAAGGCUCGUCCCCGAGGUCUCCGGCCCCAUCGCCGGAUCCUGACGUCGACGAGGGUAGUUCCAAAAAACAGGCAACCCGGGUAUUCAAGAAAAGUUCUUCUAACGGCAAAAUCACCGUGUACUUGGGAAAACGUGACUUUGUCGAUCACAUCACACACGUCGAUCCGAUAGAUGGUGUCGUGCUGAUAGAUCCGGACUAUGUGAAGGAUAGGAAAGUUUUCGGUCACGUACUGGCUGCGUUCAGGUACGGGCGAGAGGAUUUGGAUGUGCUGGGAUUAACCUUCAGGAAGGACCUCUAUCUGGCCUCGGAACAGAUUUACCCACCGCUGGAAACGGACCGACCACUGACCCGCCUACAGGAGCGCCUGAUACGGAAGCUUGGCUCGAACGCGUAUCCUUUCUACUUCGAGGUUCCGCCGCACUGUCCAGCGUCCGUGUCGCUGCAGCCGGCCCCGGGCGACACCGGCAAACCGUGCGGUGUCGACUACGAACUGAAGGCCUUCGUCGGCGAGUCGCAGGAGGACAAACCGCACAAACGGAACUCGGUCCGGUUAGCGAUAAGGAAAAUCAUGUACGCACCCUCGAAGCUUGGCGAGCAACCGUCGAUCGAGGUCAGCAAAGAGUACAUACUGAAGCCAAAUAAAAUUCACCUUGAAGCGAGUCUGGAUAAGGAGCUUUACCACCAUGGCGAGAGCUUGUCGGUGAAUGUACAUAUAGCGAAUAAUUCAAGUAAAACGGUUAAGAAAAUUAAGGUGUCAGUCCGACAGUUUGCCGAUAUCUGUCUCUUCUCGACGGCACAGUACAAGUGCACGGUGGCGGAGGUCGAAUCCGAAGACGGAUGCCAGGUUGCUCCCGGUUUUACUCUAUCGAAAGUGUUUACGCUGACGCCACUGCUGGCCAAUAACAAAGACAAGUGGGGCCUGGCACUUGACGGGCAGCUGAAGCAUGAGGACACCAAUCUGGCCUCGAGCACACUGUCUCGCACGCUGGUCGACGGAAAAUAUAGAAUUGCAGAUCCAUCGCAGCGGGAAAAUCUGGGCAUCAUCGUGCAGUAUAAAGUGAAGGUCAAACUGUGCAUCACACCGUUGGGCGGUGAUUUGGUAGCCGAGUUGCCGUUCAUUCUGAUGCACCCGAAGCCGGACGACGAUGAGCCGGUGAUAGGAGACCGUUCGCCCGGGCGAACGGUGAACAGCGCCGACCGGAAGCACGGAUACCCUGCCGGACACGAAGCUGGCAGCAACAGCAACAACGGGGACGCGAACGCAGCCAAGGAGGAUGGCCCGAACCUUAUUCAGCUGGACGGGGACGACAACUGUCAGGAUGACGAUAUUAUCUUUGAAGAUUUCGCCCGGUUACGCUUGAAAGGCGCCGAAACGGAAGCUUAGAGCCGCUAGCGGCGGAACCACACGGCUGAUGGCAGAGAGUC